AUGACUCUAUCAUGUAUUAUAUAUAUUCGUUGGUCAUCAAUCGCAAAAGAAACAUGGCAUCCACCAACGAGAGAUUGUCUCCAAGAAUGGAACAUGUAUUUGAAACUUGGCAUACCUGGUAUAAUAAUAAAUUUCAUUCAAUCCCUUGUUUAUGGUGGUUCAGUUUUACUAUCGAUCUUAUUUGGCACAGAUGCGGUAACAGCACAAGGUGUCGUCUUUCAUGUUGAUUUCUUUCUCUUUCUGAUUUCUCUUGCAUUUGCUAAUAGUUCUAUUAUUGUUAUUGGACGAUAUCUUGGAGCUCGACAGUAUGAUAAAGCAAAACAUGCUAAGAACAUCGUUUAUAGAACAGCAUUAAUUGCUAUUCUUCUUAUUCUUAUAUUUGGUUUUUCUCUUUGGUAUUGGAUUCCAUAUUUAUUUCAUACACCUGAAUCAGCUCUAAAACAAACAAGAAAUCUAUUAGCUAUUGUUAUCGGUUUUUGUGGACUUGAUUUUUAUCAUUUAUCACAAGCAAGUGUGCUUAAAGCGUGUGGUAAACAACAUUUCGAUGCUUUUGUUUCAUUUUUGACAUAUGUGAUUCUGGGAGUUCCAUCUGGAAUUAUUUUUAUUGUUGUAUUACAUCUUGAAAUGAUAGGUUAUUGGUCAGCUCUUCUUUUAUCACUCUUGAUCACGAAUACUGUCUAUUUUAUUUAUAUUCGAAAUAUCAAUUGGCAAGAACAAGCAGAAACAGCUCAACAACGUGUUUUGAGAAUGAAAGAAAUUAUCGUAAUUAAACAUGUUGAUAGAAUCGAUAGUCUACCAAAUGGAACAUCAUUGUGUUUCAAAAAAUCCUUUACAUGUUUAUAUGACCAUGCUGAAGAAGCGUCCCGAAUCAAAAAAUAG